AUGUCUUAUAGAACCAAUCGGUCCGACGUGGAGGACAGAUAUUAUGAUUCCGGCCCGCCGCGGAGGGCACCGGCUCGGGAUGACGAUUUAGAUCCCCUGCCGCGACGUCGCAGCCCGCCACGCAGAGCAGCCGUGAGGGAUUAUGAAGACGUAGAUAGAGACCGCACCCCCGCAUUUCUCAGAGAAGAUGUUAGGAGGACGGAGGCUGGCCCGCUGGUCCUGCGCCAGCGUGAGGUUGAGACCAUCGACCGCAGACGUCGCAGCCCCAGCCCUGUGCGGUACCGGGAGCGCAUCGUCGACAGGGAGCGUGAACGGGCUCCCUCCAUGCCUCCGGAGCGUCGGCCCAGAUUUAUCGAACGAUCUCCAUCUCCAUCUCCACCUCCACCACCCGCCGCUGUGAGAGUGGAAGCUCGCAAAAUUGAGAGGCGACGGGAGAGGUCGCCAACCCCGGACAGAGAGCGAGAGCGAGAUCUCAUUCAUCUACGCAUUGAGCGUGAAAAGGAACGAGCCCCCUCACCUAGCCCAUCACCCCCGUCCCCACCUCCACCACCGCCAGUCAUCAGGGGACCUACCAUCGAGCGUGAGGUCAUCACGCACUAUCGUGACAUCGAUCAUGGCCUUGUUCGGGCUAAACCUCCCACUCCUCCUCCACCCCCGCGCACCGCACCGCCUCAGAUCAGAGAGCGGGACCUGGACAUCGACAUCGACAUCCGGCGCAGCGAGACGGACGUGGACAUCCGGGAGCGCACGCGGUCGCGGUCGCGCCCACGCGGCGAGCGCGAGCGGCCCCGUCCCCGGCGGCAGCCCACGUACUACGACGACGACGAGCUGCUGAUCGAGCGGGACCACGAGAUCGUGCGCGUGGACUCGCGGCGGCGGGCGCACUCGGCGGCGCCGCCCCCCCGGCCCGACCUCGAGGACGAGGCCGAGUACAUCACGGACAAGAUCGACUCGCGCGGCCGCAUGGGCGAGGCCCUGCACGGCGCCACCAAGGACUGGACCAUCAUCGACGUGCCGCCCGGCACCGAGCGCGUCAAGAUGGACGGCGUCGGCGGCGCCUCCGCAGAGGUCACCUGGCAGCGGUACAGCGGGGUGCGGCGGUCCAAGUUCAUCCCGGAGCGGGAGGGCACGCCCAUCAGCGCCGUCAGCGAGCCGAUCCGGGAGUCCAUUCGAGAGCGGGAGCGAGAGCGGGAACGGGAGCCGUCGCGCGAGCGGGAGCGGCUCAGCAUACAGGUGUACGACAAGCGGGAGAGGUCGCGCGACCGGGACCGGGACGUCGAGGUCGAGGAGAUCCAGGACCGGCGGAUCUCGAUCCGGGACGGCGACAGGGCGCCGCCCCGCAAGCGCAACGAGAUGUGGACGGAGAUCACCAAGGACCUCGUCACGCGGGAGGCGAUCGAGCGGAUGGGGUACGAGUACGAGGAGACCGAGUGGUUCUUCUACGUUAUGCAGUACCUGCGCUAUGAGGACGUUCUUGAGCUGGUGACCGUGUCGGACGACAUCCGUCGGGCCAAGAGGCGCCGAGCCGAAGAGGCCCAGUGGAGCCGCGACUGGGACCGACGGCACCGUCACCGACACUCGCUGAACUGGGACACGGUGGACGACGAGCGUAUCGUCGAGCGCGAGGUCGUGUAUGAUCGUCCGUCGCACCGCAGCUACGUCCGCUAA